AUGAAGCGCGUGGUCGAGGACAUCACCGCCAUCGACGUCCAGAGCAGCGACUCGAGCCGGCGCGCCUUCUCCGUCUACAGCAGCUCGCGGGCACCCGGGCGCUACGCCCCCAGCUACACCCCCAGUGCCCCCAUGGACACCCACCUGCUCAGCAACAUCCAGAAGCUCUUCUCCGAGCGCAUUGACAUCUUCAGCCCUGUCGAGUUCAACAAGGUGUCGGUGCUGACUGGGAUCAUCAAGAUCAGCCUGAAGACGCUGCUGGAGUGCGUGCGGCUGCGGACGCUGGGGCGCUUCGGGCUGCAGCAGGUGCAGGUGGACGGCCAUUACCUGCAGCUCUACCUCUGGCGCUUCGCCGCCGACGAGCGGGUGGGGGAGGGGCUGGCCCCGGCCCGCCCCGCCCACCGCUGCCUCGACCCCGUCCCCAUGGAGCACAGCGUCGUCGAGCUCAUCUGUGAACGUGG